AUGCAUUCGUGGAACAUCCUCUACGUAUGUGCCUCUCGCAGACGGCAAUGAAUGGGGCCAGGUCGGUCAGCGCUGCGCUGCGCUAUCUACCCUCCACCCUCCACUUCAUCUUCGUGUUGUCCUUCCUCCAUAUGCACCGCACCUGACACGUCAGUCAGUCCAUGCAUCCACAACCCUCACAAUGGACCCAUGCGUGUGUGUUCCGCCCAUCUCACCCUUCUCCAUUAUCCGCUGCUCAUGCUGCUGCUACUGGCCAUCGCCCGACUCAUCAUCCCACUCGCCAUCCACAUCUGCACACACACACAGAAGGCAUGCACACACCCAAGUGAGACCAAACAAGACCGGCUGGACGCAACACACACACAUCUUUUGACUGUGGGCGUUGACCUGCUUCUUGUGUCGACAGUACAGAGACAGCGAUAUAGAAGAGAGAGGCCUCUUCAGAAGUGGGCAGGCUCUUCUCGUUGACUUGUGUCUGUAUGUCUAUCAGGCACUAUGACGUCGGUCCGCGCGGCCUUUUCUCUCUUCCGGUUGGCCCCGCCUGCACACAGAUAAACACGUGCAGUCCACUGCUGCCCGUCGGUGCUGUAGCGUAGCUCACGGGACAGCCAGCAGCUCGAUGAGCACUCCGACACACUGAAAUGAAGCCGAUCGAAGGACACGAAGUCAGGCUGUCUGUAGGUGGCAGACUGCCCGCAGCACCCCCUCCCUUUUGACGGGUCCUCUCCCCUCUCGUCACCGCCAGGGGUCGGCCCCUUCUCCGGCUCGUGCUACUGCUGCUGCUGCUGCUGCUGCUGGCCUGCAUUGCGACGCCUGGUCGACGCAGCAGCGCCAUCGUCAUGCAGAAGAUCGCUGCUGUGCAGGAGCGUGUUCCGUUUGAUGAUGAAGGGGCGGAGGACGCGACGGUGAAACACUACAGCACGCGGCACCCGGUGUUGCGCGAAGGCCUACAAAGACAGACAGACAUACAGACACACGGAGAUAGCGAGGCAGAGCAGUUGGUGCUUGGUUGCCCACCCAAUGAGCUGAUUCAUUUCCGCACGAUCCUCCUCCCGGCGCCGUUCUAUACACUCCAUUGCACAUCUCGGCUACCUCCUCCCCCUCCCUCUUCUCCCACUCCUCUGAGCCUUCCUCUUAGGGAUCUAAGGACAGGACCCAAGCAAGAAACACGCGUGAGUUAUUCAUGUGUGUGCUCUCUGCUGGGCGUUGCUGCGCCGAGUUUCCCAUGCUGCUCUGAAUUAACACCAUCACAGCCGCGAAGAACAGUCAGG